AUGAGCAAUGCGCUCUGGGUCGCAUGGCGGAUACCAUGCUCGGGACUUCGAAGUCCCGGCGUCUUGCCUCCAGUCUCGUUCCGUCCGAUUUGUCGUAACCUCCGCAUGACGCCAUGGAGCUUGUCCAGCAGCCCGGUCAACCGCCCUUUCAGUUCCUUACACCCCACGUCUCCGUACAAAUCUCGGCCUAGUACCUCCGUAAUAAUCUCUCAGAUUUUCAGCCAUGCUCCCAUCCAGCGAAGGCUAAAAAGGACCACUGCUGCCACAACAGGUGCUUCAAAGGGUAUCGAAAGCUUGCCAGGCGAGAGACCACGUUCGGAUACGCAGAUCAAGUCGAUUUUCGCUUCCAACAAGAUUUCCGCAAGGCUGGGCAAUCGUACAUUGGCAGUUCUCCAAGCUCGUCGGGUAGACGGUACCCUCGACCUCGACCUCCCGUCCGACAUCUCCCGCGGCGUAUCCCAAUUACAACUCGAUACCGCGUUGGAGUGGCUGCGUCAAAACUAUCCCAUUGAUGAGGAUGCUGCAAUCCUGGCCCGGAUCGAACGAGAGGAGUUUGAGGCAGAACAAAAGCUUGUGCGACGUGCGGAACAGCUGGGUCUGUACAAGCCCCAGAGUGGGUCCUACGAUGCCGAGCUUGGCGAAGACAAGUCCGUCUAUGGAAAGAGCGUUCUCAAAGAGGCACGGGAGAAGAACGAGAAAAGGUUGUUGGCGGAGAAGGAGCACAAGCGUCAGCAGUGGCUCGAAGGCGAGAAUGAGGAGCUUGAACGACUGCAGCGCCAGGUGGAAGGCAACACAGCGCUACAGAAAUAUCAAGAAUCUGCGCUGACGGAGGCUCGUCCUCGUGCGGACCCUAACGAACGUCCAUAUCUUGCAUGGGUUCAGAAACACCACAUUGCGGGAACUCUGAACCAAGCCGAGGCUGUGGACCUUACUACCUCACAACGCCUUCUGGCGCCUUUGAUCUUCACAAUCCUCACCUUGGGCCUUUGCUAUGUAUUUGCCCAGAAUUACGAGGCUCCCGCGCGACAAGAUCGUAUGUGGCCCGAUGUGCCUCCUGCUGCAGCGACGGUUGGAGCUAUCAUCACCGCCAAUCUUGCCGUUACCUUCCUGUGGAAGUAUAUUCCUCCAUCAUGGAAAUUGCUCAACCGCUUCUUCGUUAUCGUUCCGUUCUAUCCAAGUGCCUUGGGUGUUCUUGGUAGCACGUUCAGCCACCAGACCUGGAGACAUUUGGCGACGAACAUGAUGGUCCUGGGUCUGAUGGGAACCAGAGUCCACGAUGAACUUGGUCGUGGAAAUUUCCUGGCCAUCUAUCUAGCCUCCGGGGCCGUUGGCUCGAUGGUGUCGUUGUCACGUAGCGUCCUCCUUGGUUAUCUUGGUAUGACUUCUCUCGGUGCUAGUGCUGCUACCAGCGGUAUCGUUGCAGCGUGGUGCAUGUAUCACUUUGAUGACAAAAUCACCAUGUGGAUUCUGCCACGUGAUCUCCGCGAGACGCUUUGGACCCAAGGCUGGAUUUUCCUGGCCUGUCUGGUUGCCACUGAGGUUUUUAGUAUGGUAACGCCUGCGCGCUUCUUGCGGGUUUGGCCCUUGUCACGACUCACCAAAAUGGACCAUGCGGCUCACUUGGGCGGUUACUUUACUGGUGCUGGGUGUGGCUAUGCGCUCGUCCAGCAACGGAGGGCACGUGAACGAGAGCAGAGAGCCCAUGAUUCGAAGUGGCUUGAGAAGUUUGUGCGGUAA